ACCUGCACCCGACGCUCCCCACUUCCCCCAAGAGUUCAACAGAGGCGAGAGACAGAGAGAGAGAGUAAUGGCGUCUCUCUACUGCCGCCGCCACCGUCAGCUCCUCCUUAUCUUCCUCGUCCAUACUAUCGGGUCAUUGGCGGCGGCGGAGGAGGCGCUGGAGGCUGACGCCCUCCUCGCGCUCAAAGCGGCCGUCUCAGACCCCUCUGACGCUCUCUCUGCCUGGAACAACUCCGCCUCUGGUGGCCAUUGCUCUUGGCCGGGCGUCGCCUGCGACCCCCUGCGGGGCUUCGUCGUCUCCCUCGACCUUACUGGCUUCAACCUUUCCGGCACGCUUUCCCUGGCCGUCGUCCGCCUCCGCCACCUCCUGAACCUCUCUGCAGCCUCCAACUCCCUCUCCGGUCCCAUCCCCGCCGAGCUCUCCCGCCUCUCCAACCUCCGCCAUCUCAACCUCUCCAACAACCUUUUCAAUGGCUCCUUCCCCUCCGCCAUCGUUCGCCUUAAGAACCUCCUCGUUCUCGACAUCUACAACAACAACCUCACAGGGCCCCUCCCCGCCGAGGUCUCCGAGCUCCCCAACCUCCGCCACCUCCAUCUCGGCGGUAACUUCUUCUCCGGCGUCAUCCCGCCGGUGUUCGGCCGCUGGGAGUUCCUCGAGUACCUCGCUGUCUCUGGCAACGAGCUCGGUGGCCCCAUUCCGCCGGAGCUCGGCAAUCUCACCCGCCUCCGCCAGCUUUAUUUGGGCUACUUCAACAACUUCGAGGGUGGCAUCCCGCCAGAGAUCGGUGGCCUCCCGGAGCUCGUUCGCCUCGACAUGGCCAACUGCGGACUCACCGGCGAGAUCCCGCCGGAGCUCGGCAACCUCCAGAACCUCGACACGCUCUUCCUCCAGGUGAACGGUCUCUCCGGAAGACUACCGGUGGAGCUCGGCCGCCUCGGCAGCCUCAAGUCCAUGGAUCUUUCCAACAACGCUCUCACCGGCGAGAUUCCCUCCUCCUUCGCCGACUUGCAGAACCUGACUCUGCUUAACCUGUUCCGAAACAAACUCCACGGGUCGAUUCCGGAAUUCGUCGGCGACCUGCCGGCGCUGGAGGUGCUCCAGCUCUGGGAGAACAACUUCACCGGUGGGAUACCCCGACGGCUCGGCCAGAGCGGACGGCUCCAGAUCGUAGACCUCUCGUCGAACAAGCUCACCGGGACUCUGCCGCCGGACCUCUGCUUCGGCAACAAGCUGCAAACGCUCAUCGCCCUCGGUAACUUUCUCUUCGGCCCUAUACCGGAGACCCUUGGCCGGUGCGAAUCACUCGGUCGAAUCCGGAUGGGGGAGAACUAUCUCAACGGAUCGAUUCCUCAUGGACUCUUCAGCUUGCCCAAGCUCUCCCAGCUCGAGCUCCAGGACAAUCUCCUCACUGGCGGGUUCCCAGACACCGGCGCCGCUGCCAUCUCGCCGGACCUCGGACAGAUUAGCCUCUCCAACAAUCGUCUCUCGGGGCCGUUGCCACCGUCCAUCGGCAACCUUACUGGCCUCCAGAAGCUCCUGUUGAACCAGAAUCAGUUCUCUGGCCGUAUACCGCCCGAGAUGGGGAGGCUGCAACAGCUGUCCAAGUUGGAUUUCAGCGGCAACCGGUUUUCCGGCCCGAUAGCGCCCGAAAUCAGCCGGUGCAAGCUUCUAACUUUUGUGGACCUCAGCAGGAACGAGCUCUCCGGUGAGCUCCCACCGGAGAUUGCCGGAAUGCGGAUCUUGAACUACCUGAACUUAUCAAGGAACCAACUCGAAGGGAGCAUUCCGGCUUCCAUCGCCACGAUGCAGAGCCUCACGGCGGUCGAUUUCUCGUACAAUAAUCUCUCCGGCCUCGUCCCUGGUACCGGCCAGUUCAGUUACUUUAACGCGAGCUCGUUCGUCGGCAAUCCCGAGCUCUGCGGGCCGUACCUCGGCCCCUGUAGCUCCGUGACCAAUGGCGACGGCUCCACUCAUGCAAGGGGGUCACUCCCGGCCUCCUCAAAGCUGCUGUUGGUUAUCGGCCUCCUCAUCUGUUCCGUUGCCUUCGCCAUGGCCGCCAUCAUCAAAGCGCGAUCUCUGAAAAAGGCAAGCGAUGCCCGAGCGUGGAAGCUCACUGCAUUCCAGCGUCUUGACUUCACCUGCGACGACGUCUUGGACUGCCUGAAGGAGGAGAACAUCAUCGGAAAAGGCGGGGCCGGCAUCGUGUACAAGGGCAUCAUGCCCAACGGCGAACGAGUCGCUGUUAAGCGGCUCCCGGCGAUGAGCCACGGCACGUCGCAUGACCAUGGAUUCUCGGCCGAGAUACAGACUCUGGGAAGGAUUCGGCACCGCCACAUUGUCAGGCUACUGGGUUUCUGCUCGAACCACGAGACCAAUCUCUUGGUCUACGAGUACAUGCCCAACGGGAGCCUCGGGGAGGUCCUUCACGGUAAGAAGGGUGGCCAUUUGCUCUGGGACACCCGGUACAAGAUUGCGGUGGAGGCGGCGAAGGGUCUCUGCUAUCUUCACCAUGACUGUUCGCCGCUGAUCCUGCACCGGGAUGUCAAGUCGAACAACAUCCUGCUUGAUUCGAACUUCGAAGCCCACGUCGCGGACUUCGGGCUCGCCAAGUUCUUGCAGGACUCCGGUACCUCCGAGUGCAUGUCGGCCAUCGCUGGCUCCUAUGGCUACAUUGCUCCAGAAUAUGCAUACACGCUGAAGGUGGACGAGAAAAGCGAUGUGUAUAGCUUCGGGGUGGUGCUGCUGGAGCUGGUGACAGGCAGGAAGCCGGUGGGCGAGUUCGGGGAGGGCGUCGACAUCGUGCAAUGGGUUAGAAGGAUGACGGGAUGCAACAAGGACGGAGUACUCGAGAUUGUGGACCCCCGGCUUCCCACGGUUCCCCUGGACGAGGUCAUGCAUGUCUUCUACGUCGCCAUGCUGUGCGUGGAGGAACAGAGCGUGGAACGCCCGACGAUGAGGGAGGUCGUCCAGAUACUGACGGAUCUCCCGAACCCAGCUCGUAAACAGGGAGAAGACCGUGAGGCAGCCACCAAGGAGCAGCAGCAAGCAGCAGAGAAGCCGCCACCACCUGAUCUCCUCAGUAUUUGAAAUUGCCCGGGUGGGUCCGAAAAGUUUCUGCUGGUCCUGCAAAUUUUGAGUGCAUCUGCAUCUGCAUCGUCUUCUUGGUCUGGUGCUACCAGUGUGUUAGGUGAACUCUGUUGUACAGCUGCUAGAGUGGUGGGGCUUAGGUCACUGGUUAAUUUGGCUUCAGCUCUUGUUUUUGUUUGUGAUCUUCACAUGCCGCUGCAGCUGCUGGUGUUUUAACUGUGUAGAAGAGCUCCGGUCCUCUUUUGCUUGUUAAUGGAAAUUAGUAGGGAACGAAGGGUAAACUAAGUA